GUUGUAAAAUGCAAUACCGCACAUUUUGUGAGCUUUCUUUUCGACCAGCCUCUACUUACGAGUCACCUGUAUUUGUGGAGUCGUGCCAUCAGAAACAAAUCCGUCAUGGAUCAAGCAGCUUCUCAGGGUCUGCCGAUGAAACCAGUCGGGUGUCCAUCUGGGCUGGAGUAUUUAACACAGAUCGACCAGCUUCUCAUUCAUCAGAAAGUGGAGAUGCUUGAGGUUCUUUUAGGAUGGGAAUCCAACAACAAGUAUCUGGUGAGGAAUGCACUCGGGCAGCAGGUCUUCUACGUGGCCGAGGAGAAUGACUGCUGUAACCGAAACUUCUGCGGACGGCUCCGCUCCUUCGUCCUCCAUGUCCUGGACAACACGGGCCAGGAGGUGAUCACGCUGACCCGAUCUCUGCGCUGCGACAGCUGCUUUUGCCCCUGCUGUCUGCAAGAGCUCGAGGUGCAGUCUCCACCGGGCACUCCUAUCGGGUAUGUGGUUCAGACCUGGCACCCUUGCCUGCCCAAGUACACCAUUCAAAACGAGAAGAAGCAGGACGUUCUGAAGGUGGUGGGACCUUGCUGCACCUGGAAGUGUUGUUUCGAUGUGAAUUUUGAGAUUUUGUCGUUGGAUGAAGCGGAGUCUGUGGGUCGGAUCAGCAAGCAGUGGACAGGCAUCGUGAAAGAGGCUUUCAGCGACGCUGACAAUUUCGGGAUCCAGUUCCCACUGGAUCUGGAUGUGAAGAUGAAGGCUGUACUUCUCGGAGCCUGUUUUCUCAUCGACUUCAUGUUCUAUGAGCAGAAUAAUUAAAAUAAAAUAAAAAAAGCAGGAGCGGGAGUUCCUUCUUGUUUUCGUCAACGUGAGACGUCAAUGCUUCUGCUCUUUAGGACACUAAAUAUGUAUCUAGCAGGAUGUACUUUUCCCUUCUACAUCUCUCUCUACUCUAUGUAUCAGGAAUGGAUGUGUACAGUACCCUGUGUAUUUGUUUCCUGUGUUUAAAAAAAAAAUAUAUAUAUAUCCUGUAGAUGGCACUACAGUGCAAUGCUUUGGCGCAACA